CACAAACAAAUUACAAAACCAGUUCUGUGCAAUCGCUGCGUGUUGGCGGUCAGUCGCGCCCUCCGUCCUGUCGAAAUAUCGCUUCAAAGUUAUCGUUCAGUGCAGGAUAUUGUUACCGAUUGUUACAGAUGUGAUAAACAGUGUCAAUGUGCAGCGCCGCAAUGGUUCCCGACAUGUCAGGGGCCGACAAAUAGGUUGGUCUCCAUUCGGUUCGGUGUAGUGUUCGCGAUCCGUGACUCGAAUACAAAAGUAAACAGACUAGUUUCUGACGAAAAAACAAUUAUUAAAGAAUCGUCUGUGUUGUGUUCAGUGCUGUGCCGUGGCUGUAGGAUGGAUAAUUACGUUUACCAAGUACUACUGGGCAACCGUGACUUCAAAAUGCUGAUAUUGUUGUUGCUGGCAUUGGCAUCGGUGUCGGCAUGUCCGGAGCAGUGCUGGUGUACCGACGGCGAGGAGCUGAACUACCAGUGCAGCCGUCCCUCGACCAACUUGAUUGUGGGCGCGCGGCCCAGGGACUAUGUCAAUAUAGACUGCAUGGGCGGCGAGCUGGUCUGCGCGGAGUUCCCCGAGAUAGACACGCCCGCGACCACGCAGCUGCCGAGCCUCUCCCUGCGCGAGUGCUCGCUGCCGCCUCUCUCGUGUCUGCUGCAAAAGGUUCACGCCGAGGACGUGAAGACUGUCGUGUUCAAGAACGCCAUCAACCCCCUGAACGCGGACGCCUUCAAGGGCCUGGGGAUCACUGCGCUCAUGAUGUUUAAUGCAGGGGCUCAGACAACAGUCCCCGUGGACGUGCUGAGGAGUCUCCCGAAGCUGACGCACUUCCGGCUGAAUGCCGGACGCAACAUCACGCUCCACGCCAACAUGUUCGCCAACACGCCGCCCCUCAAGUACUUGGAGCUGUCCGACGCCAAAAUCACGGUGCUGCCGGACGACGCCUUCCUGGGGCUGAACGUGCUGGAGCAGCUCAACGUGUGGGGGAACGAGCUCGCCAACAUCACGGCAGGAGCCUUCCGCGGUCUGCACAACGUGACGGUGCUCUCCCUGAACAAAAACCGCAUCCAGGCGCUGCCGGCCGGCCUGUUCGCCAGCACGCCGCGCCUUCUCAACCUCACCAUGAUCAGUAACUCGUUCCGGUAUCUCGACUCGGAGAUCUUCCGAGGACUCGAUCACAUACAGGAGAUCAAAAUCUCUAACAACGUUCCGCUUACUCUCAAAGAGGCGGUGUUCUCGAACCUCCCGGCACUGAGGACGUUACAACUGGACCUCAGCUCGAUCCGCGAGCUCCCGGAGGAGUUCAUCAGCAACUCCCCGCUGCGGACCCUGUCGCUCGCGCGCAACCAGCUCCGAGCCCUGCCGCGGAGCGUGCUGCGGGGGCAGACGCAGCUGACGUCGCUGACCCUGAGCUACAACGCCGUGGCGGAGCUGGCCCCCGAGCUGUUCGCCGACCUGAGGGCGCUCGAGACCUUCGUCAUGGACGGCAACGAGCUGCAGGUGUUGCCGGACUCGCUGUUCUCGGGGCUGAGGAACUUGACUACGGUCUCGUUGAGGAACAACAAGAUCAGCGUCAUCUCCAUGAACACGUUCCAAGGGGCCACGUCCAUCCGCACGCUGGAUCUCUCUUACAAUCGGCUGGCGUUUGCGCCGGACAGCCUCUACUCUCCGCUCAAUCAACUGCACAAGCUGCAGACCCUGACCCUCGCCUGGAACAACAUCACCUCCAUCUACGACGACUGGCGAUACGUGUUCGUGGAACUGGUGAAGCUGGACCUGUCCGGGAACGCCAUCGGCGACCUCACGGACAGCGACCUGCACUUCUUUAGCGAGGGGGUGACGGUGGACCUGCAGCACAACAACGUCUCCACGGUCCUCAUGUCCGGCGUGCUCCGCGCUGCCAACGCCACCGUGCUGCUGCAGCACAACCCUCUCGCGUGCGACUGCUCCCUGUACUCCCUGCUGGAUUGGCUGGCUGGCGGCCCCCGCAGCCUCAGACUCGAGGUCGGCGACACCCGGUGCGCCGGGCCCGCGGAGCUCGGCGGGUACAGAGUGACGGACGUGCCCCCCGCGAGCCUGUACUGCGCCGUCCCGUGCGGGGGCUGCUCGUGCCGUCUGGUGCCGGGGCUGGACGCCGUGCAGGGGACCUGCGCGCGUGACGUCACCACGGUCGACCCUCAGACAUACGGCGUCACCACCUUCUCCCUCCGCCUGCAGCACGCCGCCCCCCCCGCGCUGGCCGCCCUCCCGCCGUACGUGCGGAGCCUCGACCUGUCGGCCCUCAACCUGACGGAGCUCCCCUGCAACGUGUCCGAGUCUCUCACGCGACUGGAUCUGUCCGACAACGCGCUGGCGGUGGCGCCGAGCUGCUUGUUGCGGCGCAACGUGACGGUCCGCCUGGCCGGGAACCCGCUGGCGUGCGACUGCCGCCACGCCGAGGAGGUGGCCCUGCUCGCGGCACACAGGCACCUGGUGGAGGACUACGAGAACGUGACCUGCGCCGGCCAGGAGAGGCUGGAGCAGGUGGACGCGGCGCGGCUGUGCGACGUGGUGGUGGCGGCGCUGGUGGGCGGCUGCCUGGCGGCGGCGGGCGCGCUGCUGGUGGCGGGCGUGGUGCUGUUCCACCGGUACCGGCUGGAGGUGCUGGCGUGGCUGCACGCCCGGCGGCCGCGCCCGCGCCGCGCCGCGCCCGCCGCGUGCCGCUACGACGUGCUGGUGUCGAGCGCGGAGGGGGAGGCGGCGUGGGGCGCGCGCGGGGUGCGGGCGGCGGAGCGCGGGGGGCUGCGCGCGUGCUGGCCGGAGCGCGACUGGGCGGCGGGGGAGCUGCUGCCGGCGCGCAUCGCCGCGUCGCUGCACGACUGCCGCGCGGCGCUGCUGUUCGUCUCGCGGAGCUACAUGGCGUCGCCGUGGUGCCGGCUCACGUUCCUGCUGGCGCAGGCUCGCGCGGCGCACGUGUCCUCGUUCCGCGUGGUGGUGGUGCUGCUGGAGGAGCCCGGCCCCGAGGAGCGGGAGCUGCGCGCCUACCUGGCGGCGCGGCCCCCGCUCAAGCCCGCGGACCCGCUGCUCUGGGAGAAGGUGCUGUACAAGCUGCGCCCGCGACGCGCCUCGCAGAAGAAGCUGUACCGGUCGCUCGUGAAGAACGGUCUCCAACUGCAGCUGGACGUGGAGGGGAAGCUCACCAACCCCGCCUUCGUCAAGGACCACGACUGACCGCUGUUGUCUUGCUACUCUAGAUAUUAUUAUAGUGGAUACGUAUACAUUGAUGACAUACUUGUAGCUGGUCACACUCGGGUGUCCCUAAUAUUAGAAAUUGUGUAAAAAAAAGAGAAAAAAUCGAUCCUGGAUUUCAACAAGUAUAGUUAUAUUUUACAACAUCCAGGGUCCAUCUCUUAGAAUCUCUUCAGGAUGCACUGAGGAUAGACAGGAGUCAACUGUAACCCCGUGCCCCGUGCGUCCCAGUGUUAUUAUAACAUAUGUACAAUGUUAUUAUUGUAUAAUAUAUAAAGUAAGCUUGUGAGUAGGUUUGAAGUGACAAGCUACAGUGAUGGAAUACGAAGCAGGAGUUCAUAUUCCUUCACUAUAUCUAUAUCCUCCGGUAGCUUGUCGGCUUGAACUGAACUAACAAAUAGACCAUGUAGCAGAUACAUAUAUAGCAGAUCCUAGACACGGCAUUGUACGACUAGUCAAUAAUUAUUAUCAA